CUCUAGCUCUGGGUUUCCUGGCUGUGGCGUAACGCCCAACCAACUGGAUAUCACAACUCUGCUUAGCGAUGCAGGACAAAGAAGUAUGCUGCGAGCAGGGGUCUAGAGCCCAACAGUGAGGCGAAGAGAUGGGAUUCCCCUCUUGAGUUCGAAUUCUGUGCUGGACUUUUCUCCCAGUCUCCCAAUACUUAAAUGGUCUCUUGCCGUCCAUAUGAAGAGGCUGCUUCAACACCACACCCUUCAUACUCACCCGGAGUCUUGUUUCAACACCACAUUCUUCACACUCCACUCGGAGUCUUGUUUCAACAUGCACGACUACGAACCCGUUCCCAACCUGGGUCUUGGUUGUCCCAAGGGCGGCGACUUCUGGAUCUGUGCGCACAAACCGGCCCGUUUCAUCGGCUGCUGCACAUCGAACCCUUGCGAGACCGAUUACGGUGUCUGCCCUGACGACGACCUCCAGCCUGCGACGUUCGACAAGGACGCCUAUGCUGAAAUCCCGGGACAAGCUUGUGUCAGCGACAACUACUUGGUCCAGUGGUACAUCUGUGCCGGGACCACGCCGCCGUUCAUCGGAUGCUGCACUGUCGAUCCCUGCGAGAAAGGCAGCUGCCCUGAUGCGUCUCUCAAGGCUGCUCGUCUGAGCGAUCUUGAGGAGAAUGCCGACAAGUUCAUGGAAUGUGUCACGGUUUCGUCGGCUCCAACAACCUCAUCGGCUUCGAUGACUUUGUCUACCUUGUUGACAUCCACAUUGACAACGUCGACGACCUCCACGGGCACCUCAUCGAGCACUCCGCGUCCCGAUCGCAAUGGUGGUCAUGGACUGGACAAUGGGGAAACCGCUGGGAUUGCAAUCUCGAUGGUGAUCGUUGUUGUUGUACUACUGGUGUUGGUAUUCUGGCACUAUCGGGCGAGAGUGUCGACCUGGAAGAACAACCGGAGCACGAAGCGGACGAUGCGACGUCGUAGCAGCGACGAUGACGAACGCCAGGACACGGGCGUUCCGGAGAAACAGAAGAGUCCCGACGACAGAGUCCCCGAUCCCCUUGCGAGCGAUGGUCCUCCUUCGAAAGACGAUCCCUCUGCGAGAGAGCAGGUGGUGUCGAUGACGGAAUCGGAACGUCAAGAAGCCAUGUUUGGACUCACGACCCCCGCUCGCCCUGCAAAAGACGAUUCCUCAGCAGAAGACGAUCCCCCUGCCGAAGAGAUGCCAGAAUGUCGAAAAUCCACGUCGAGAGUGACGAACCCUGAUCCAGAGCCCGACUCUCCAACAGAGGCACCCGAGUCUCUGACAGACAACCCUGGUUCGAAUUCGCUAGGUGUUCAAAUAUUCGGAAGGUCCUACAGCCAGAAAGGAUAUGGCUACGAGCCCAUGGCAUUUCCCCCACCACUGAACGUGAACAAGACAGCUCCAGGUAGUUCAUCUCGCCAAUGGAGCUCAGCAGUGCCAGACCGGGAUUCUCUGCCGUCAAAUUCGGCUGCAGCUGAUCCGUCGCUGAUCAAUCGCCAACCUCUGCGUCCUUCAUCUGAAGAUCCAUCGCGUGGACCGAACCCGGGAGUUAUUACCCGAGGGUCCGUACCAACAGUGCCGCCUCAACAUCCUCCGGCGUCAGCUCAAGGGAGGUCGGCUUAUAUGCGCUACAGGGCUUCCACUCCGGAGCCUCGGCCUGGGUCAAUCGGGUACAUCCCAGAACAGCACUGAUUGAUAUCUUUUUUUCUUUCUUUGGUGGAUGACGCAUGUGUCUUUGCAGAUGGGCAUUGAAGGGUCCUUGGACCUGGUAUUCGGUCUGGACAGACCAGGGCCACCCCUACACCGUAAGACGACUCACGUCUUCUUGUUGCAAAUGCCUUUCAUUUCCUUUGUCAAAUCUUAUUUAGGGAGCUCGCUUGUAUCUUGAAAUCACACUUGGUAUGCAGAAUUGUUGGUUUCACAGUCG